UUAAGGGCUCCUCUGCCUUUAAAACUCUCCCCGCCCAACCAGAAGGAGGAUCUUUGCUUCCAUCCCAUAAUGCUUCUCUUGCAUGCUUCAACAUGGCUGCUGUGGGCUGUUGCAGGAGCUUUUGCAGAGCUGGCUGGCAGCCCACCAUUCAGUUGAUCCGUGGCGCCAAAUCUAUCACGCGUCACUGGAGGCCGAUGAACAUCAUGAGGCAGAAACUGAUGGCCAUAACGGAAUACAUCCCACCAAAACCUCUCAUCCCGGAGGAGUGCAUGCCCCGCGUCAAAGCUGUUGAGGAGGAACAUGGCUUUACAAAGCUUUUGCGUCGCCAAGUGGAGGAAACGUUUCGUGAGAACAACAUGAUUAUGGUGUGCCAGUACAACUCUGCUCCCUCGUACAACAUCACUCUCAUGACGAGCACGAGCUCAGUUAUGAAGCACAACAUCCAUGCAUACAUUCCCAAACAAAUCAUUAUACCUUUUCUUGCGGGAUCCAAAUACAAGAACCUCCUCCCUCUUUUUUUGGGACGCAACCUGCUACUGGUGAGCCCAGAAACGAGGGCUCGGGAGAGACGCUGCUUAGAGUCCCGGAAAAGCAUCCCUGAGUCAUCAAUCUCCAUUGGAGGCUGCGUUGACAACACUAUCAUGAGCAAAGAAGGCUUCACCAACUAUGCCAAUCUGCCUUCCAUGGCUGCCAGCCAAGGAGAAGUAGUGGGGGCUCUCUCUCUUCUUUCCUCCCAGACCAGCACACUUCUGCAGCGUGGCCCCAUCCACCUGACAUCCUUGCUGGACCAGUAUGUUAAACAGCAGACGGGCAACGGGGCGGAGGUGAAGGAGGGGGGCGACUCCUAAGAAAGUUGGACGCCCGUCAACGAAUUCCCCAAGUUUGGGUGGAUGGGCUUAGUCGGCGGAAAUCCUCUGAAUCAAGUGGACUAAAUGGAGGUAGAUUACAAGAGAGCUGUUGGAAUAUAGAUUUUCCUCCGGGUAUUAGGAUGAUAUUUGAUUUAUAUAGCUGGCGGGGACCAGCCCACCAAAUCAAGUCACCCAAGUUCAUUAUACACCAUCACAGAAGAAUUUACAAGCUCAAGAAUUGGAAAAUCUGGCUAUUCAUGUGAUACAGCAUCUGGAAGAAUAAUGCCAAGUGAUAACAACUGCUAACCUUAACAUUAUUAUAUUUUUCUAGAAAGGAACUUAUUGUUUAUAUUCGGUUGGAUGAUUGGGUUCUGAUUGGGUUCUGAUUGGGGGGUAAGUGAGCUCUUGUGACCUGAAUGUGAACUCUUUUAUCUAAAUAAAUGUACAUUUUUUGCA